AUUCAUUUCCUGAGAACUGCAGAGAGCAGCUGAGAGGCUCUGCCUGUGCGUGUGCGAGUGUGCGUGUGAGUGAGCGCGGGUGACGCCGUGUGUGUGCGAGAGUGAGUGUGUGUGCGCGCGCGUGUGUGAGAGAGAAAGGGAGAGAGAGAGGGGGACUCUGUGAGGGAAAGAAAACAAUUUCUCCUGCUCUGCAGCUUCUGUUCAGGAUCAAUGUGACUCUAGAAACAAAUGGAUGAAUGAAUAGCCACAUGAAGAGGAAAACAGUAAAGAUGCUGUGCGUGUUGCUCCUACAGUCUCGGCUGUCCUCAGAAGAGCAGGAUGGUUAUGAAUGACUUGACUUUGGUACCUCACAGACAAGUACUACUCUGAACUAGAGGAGGAAAAAGUCCUGUGGAUAUCAACAAUAAUCAAGUGCUGGAAUUUCAACACCUUUGAGAGCAGAAUGUUAAUGCUUAAUGGGAUGCCGGCAGUUAGAGUCAAAACAGAGCUUUUGGAAUCUGAACAAGAGUCUCCAAACGUCCACAACUACCCCGAUAUGGAAGCUGUUCCCCUGUUGCUAAAUAAUGUGAAAGGGGAACCUCCGGAGGACUCGUUAUCUGUAGAUCACUUCCAAACGCAAACUGAGCCAGUGGACUUGUCAAUCAACAAAGCUAGGACAUCCCCCACAGCCGUUUCAUCCCUCCCAGUUUCCAUGACAGCAUCUGCCUCCUCACCUUCUUCAACUUCAACCUCUUCUUCGUCUUCUAGCCGCCCAGCCUCAUCCCCAACUGUUAUAACAUCAGUAUCUUCAGCAUCAUCCUCGUCGACAGUAUUAACUCCAGGGCCCCUGGUUGCCUCUGCAUCUGGUGUAGGAGGCCAGCAGUUUUUGCACAUUAUCCAUCCCGUACCGCCUUCAAGCCCCAUGAAUUUACAGUCGAACAAACUGAGUCAUGUUCACCGCAUCCCUGUGGUGGUACAGUCGGUGCCUGUUGUCUACACAGCUGUGCGGUCCCCUGGAAACGUGAACAACACUAUUGUAGUGCCGCUUUUGGAGGAUGGGAGAAGUCAUGGCAAAGCACAAAUGGACCCCCGAGGCCUAUCUCCCAGACAAAGUAAAAGUGACAGUGAUGAUGAUGACCUGCCAAAUGUGACCUUAGAUAGCGUUAAUGAAACUGGAUCUACGGCCCUUUCCAUAGCCAGAGCAGUACAAGAACAACCCAGGGCAUGUAUUUCUCAUGGCAAUGGCUGGAGCACAAAAAGGGUACAUCCGUCCCCAGUAUCAAGGGUCCGGGGAAAUCGAAUGAAUAAUCAGAAGUUUGCUUGUUCAAUUUCACCGUUUAGUAUUGAGAGCACAAGACGCCAGAGACGGUCGGAAUCCCCAGACUCCAGAAAACGGCGUAUCCACAGAUGUGAUUUUGAGGGAUGCAACAAAGUGUACACAAAAAGUUCUCACCUGAAGGCUCACCGAAGGACACAUACAGGAGAGAAGCCCUACAAGUGUACCUGGGAAGGCUGCACCUGGAAGUUUGCUCGUUCGGAUGAACUGACGAGGCAUUACCGCAAACAUACGGGAGUGAAGCCAUUCAAGUGUGCGGACUGCGACCGCAGCUUUUCCCGGUCAGACCACUUGGCACUGCACCGCCGGAGGCAUAUGCUGGUGUGAGGAAUGCCACCCGUCCAGCUGAGCGUAAGAGCUGGAUCUCUUAACGGCACCCAGUUCAGCAGGGCUGAAUCCCCUUUACAGUGUUAACACAAAAGGGCAUCACCAUCCCACGAUGUCUGAAACCAGAGCAGGAAAAAGAAGGAACACUUCUCCUUUUGGUCUGCAGGUAACCCCCAUCGCGACUACCCGAGAAACGUCUUCACGCUGGCCUGGGAGAUCGGUGACACGAUGCCGAAGAGAUAGGCGUUGUUUUCCGUGCUGUGUACUCUGCCAUUUAAAGAUGUUUGUAGCUUGUACAUUUUCUGAGCUGUCAGACAUUUUGUUAUUGAUACGUCAAAGGUCAUCUAUCACAAAUUGAUGGCUAGAGCAAGACCUUUUACAUGGGGAUUAUUCUCCCGUCAUCCCACCCCGUAACCCCUUUUUACAGAAAUUUUAGUUACUAUCUGAGUAAGAUAGAACGCACAUCCAAUCUGUUACCAGCAAGCAGCAUGAAAGUAGAAAAGAAGAAGCUGUUGGAGAGGUUCCAUUACCUGAAAAUAAAGGGGCACUCAGGCAGCCCAUUGCAAUAGCGAUGGCGGCAACUAGAUAUCGCCCGCAACUUGUCAUUAUGCCAUGCCCUGAAGAAAACCAACAUUGAACCUUUCAUUUGUUUGUUGUUGAUUGUUUUUGUUCUGUUUUGAUUCUGUUUUGUUCAUCUGUUCGAGCAGAGGGGCAGCGACAUUUCAGUUGGAGCCUAGUCCUGGUGUCUGCCCUGGCAUGGACUGGCACAGAGGUGAUCUGUAGUUGAAUAGGAAGAGCCUGUCUAAAAAACUACUGCCCCACUUCAAAUUGCAGUGUUCUGUCACCUAGGCAUCAUCUCUUCCUGCCCCUAGUAUUUGAUUACAAGGAAUCGGGGGGAAAAAAAAACUUUCUUAGACACACUGGCACCAAGGUAAGAGGUGGGGCUGCCCAGGCAAAGUCAGUGAACAUGAAAAAUCAGACAAAGCAGAGAUGGAAAUAAUGCGCCUCUUGAGGAGAAAAGCAAUAAUGAAUAAAAGGACUUUCCUACAAUAACUUCACUGAGGACUCACGUUACCAAUUUUCAUACUUACUAAAGGGAUUGUAAAAAACACCCCAGCAUUUUAGAUGUCUUGGUUACAUUCACAGCACUGAGGUAAUCUUACUGCUGUUUGUUGUCCUGCCUGGUUGACUACCACAAUUAAAGAUUAUGCUCCCCUUUUCUUGUUUGAAAACAGUUAUUUGGUGACUGGAAAGGCCAGGGAGGCAUAGCAGGGAAUUAACUCUUGGGUUAAUGGGUCAGUUCUCCUUGGAACCGAGUCAGUGCAAAGGGAGCACUCCCUGAGGAAAGCAUGUCAUGGUGCUAGUUUCCUCACUUAGAGAGCCAAGGAUACGUGACUCUCCGGUAGGUUCUUCUAUACAGAUUUCCUUUUUCUAAACAGCAUCAGGACCCAGUGGUUCUGCCUUGGCAUCUGCAGGGAUGGUGCACCCACUCAUCCUGUGCCGAGGGUGAGAGGAAAUUAUAGUCCUGUCAACCCCCUAAAAUUAUGAGCCUUUUGGCAACUCGCAAAGUAUACGGUCAACAAAGCAAUACAUCAUCAACAAGCAUUCUUUCAGAAAAAUUAUCGUAUUUUCUUCCCCCACUAAAAGCUGUUUUUUUCAGCUUUAUGUGGCUAAGGGGCUUGGUGAGGUUUUUAGUUACUGUUGUUAAGGUUUUUUAUAGCUUAAAUAUAAAUGGUUGCCAGCAUAUAGACGUUUGCAAUAUAUUUUAAUUACAAACACUUGAUUUUGGGAAUUGCACAAAUUAACCUCACAAUAUGACUAGCUCAUUUUUAAAUGUCUGAACAUUCUGAAAUAAUUUCCAAUUGCAGAAUUAUCCUUUUUAGGAUCAUCUUCUAAUUCAGAUAAUCUUAUUCAGAUGAAGCAGGAACUAUAACAUUGAAACAAAGACAAUUUGUGUUGGAUGGUAUUAAAAGGGAUUUUUUAAAAUGUUCAAGCAACAGCGUAAUGAUUUUCAGGUCAAAUUCUGUCUUCAAAAAUAUGUGCUCUACAUUUUCUGCCAGGUAUGAAAAAUUCAUCAGGCAGUUUCCCUCCAACAAGGGCUGCAGUUCUAUUGAUAAAUAGCUUCUUUAGCUACACAAUCUACUACCCACCAAGCACUGGGUUUUGGGUUUUUGGUUUUUGGGUUUUGGUUUUGUUUUCUUUUACCAACUGGAAAGUGUUUUAUCUGUACUGUAUGCAACUUCUACUUCUCAUUGCCUGUGACCAUUUCGAAUAGAAGAAGGUUUCUUGAUGCAUGCCGGCAUUGGUGAUUGGUCAGCAGCAAAAAACACACAGAGAGAGUGGCCAAGGCAGCCCUGGAGCCCUCUCCUGCUAGUCCUGGAACCUGGCUGGCAGGUAGUAGGGGAAUCACUCAGGUGAAGCGUCGGCUCGAUUUAAUUCUUCCUGCUCUCACAAGAAGGGCCAAUUCUUUUCUCUGCCCAGAGAUGCCUUGAGAAUGUUACAAGUACAAAUGGUUGUUCGAAUUCAGAGAACUGACAGGCAGUGGGAGCUUCCUGAGUGAGAGCUUGAUUUAAAUUUAGCACAGAACUGAAUGAGCUUCUCCUCUCUAAUAACAUAGGGAAGAUUCAGGAAAGUGCAUUUCUCUCCUCGCCCUCUGAAAGUGGAAACCAGACGGAGACAGUAAGUGAACUGAUAAAACCUGUCAGCAUCACAGCAUUUCCUCCUUUUGACAUAUCGCUACUCCUAAGGAGGGAGGGGUCCAAGCACAAGGAGUGAAUGAGUUUCUGAUCUAUCCAGGACUGAAGCUUACUUGGGGCUUGUCUUGGGACAUAGCAAAUGCUCUUUGUUGAGUUUUCUACAAAUGCUUCCCCAUGGAAAGGAAAGUGGUUAGGGAGAGAAGGGACUGGAUUUUUAAGUAGAACUAUCUCGAGGCAUGGGAAAGCCUCCUCCAUUUCAUCUUAUGUUCAUCCUAGCCUCUUUUAAACAGCACAGUAGAUGGUGAACAACGGAAAGGAAGUAGAAUCCGAAGGAUUUGUCAGGGGUUCCCCACCCAGAAGCACGCUUUGGUUUUAAAUUGGACUCUCUUCUGUGUGCAGCGGGGCGUAUGUGCAUGGUUGGGAACUUACACCCAGCAGGUGGUGAUGGCUUGAGAAACCACCGUGGACCCGGCUAUCUCUUUGCAUUGUAGAGAUUGAGUUCAAGGGAGUUAACCUGAUUUGAAAAGCUAUAAGGUUCAGACUUUGAGGCUUUAAUAGAUUCCUUCUUCAUGUUCUCAUCUGAAGUUGUUAGGAAAACAACUUCCUGCUUCCCCGUCUGCCUCCAGCCCCCUCUUGUCGAUUGUGUGUGGACUCUGAGAAGCCUGCUUGAUAACUUGUCUUAAGUUCUAUUAAGACAUUUAGACUGAAAUACCUAAUGGCUUUACCGUCAAGAUUAUACUACUGCCUGGCAUUACUUUUACAAAACAUUAUAGGACAUUUAUUUUCAAAAGCAGUUGAAUAACAGUAACAUAAACCACACUGCAAAAAAAAAAAAAGAGCACUUUUUAGUCACUUUAUAGUUUAAGUGGAAAAGAGGAAGAAGAUUGUCAGGGGGAAAAAAAAAACUUACAAAAAGCUACAGUGUUUACAAUGCCAGUUCUAGAUGAUUAAAAAGGUCAUUCUCAUUGUGGUUGAAAUUUUGAAUAGCUCAUACAAAGAUGGUGUUCAUUUUUAUACUUUUUUUUAACUUCAAAUUGCCAUUUGUGUUUUAAACAUAAAUAUAAUUCUGCACUUUGAAAUCAGUUCAUUAGAAUGAUAACAUGUAUAUGGAUAAAGAUGCAGUAUUCCUUAUUCUGUACUUUAUUAUACCUACCAAAGCUGCAAUCGAAUAAAUCUGGUGAGGUGAGGCCUUCAAAUGUAUUACUACGCCUUUGUUAUGUUGUUAUGACUGCUUAGAAAUGUAGCCAUGAUGUUGUUAUUAAGGUGUCUUAACAUUUAUGGUAAGGUUUGACAGAAUUUAAGCAGUGUUAAUACCAGCAUCCAUGAUACAUUGAGUUAUAGUCUUCAUGUAAGGGACCGAAUAUGAGAUAACUCUUACAAAUCAUACUAGGCCCAGGAAGCCUUAAUCCUCAUCAUCCAUAAUCCAAUCUCAGAUUUUGCUCUUUACUGACGCCUGUAAAUGUAGGAAGUCCAUGUCUUCUACAACUUUGUUGUCCAAAUCUCUUCUGUUAGUUUUUCAGAGGUAGUGCAUCUCAUUAAAAAUUCUUUCACUUCGAUUUGGUUUUGGUUUAAAAAGAGGUUUGGUAUGUUAUGUCUUCCAUACUACAUUUCUACCUAUCCCCACCCUGCCAUCCACUUACCUGCACAGGUAGCCCCAGCACAUGCACACGUGUAUACACACCCAUAUAUGCAGCAGCCAACAGGCUCAUAAAUAUCAACAAAGACCUUUUUUUAAAGAAUGACUUUGUAAUAAUCCAUGCUGUCUAGAAAUGUAAGUUAUUUACCUUAUUGGGGAAUCAGCUUAUAAUGCUAUAUAUGACUCUGCCUGCAUUUUAUAGUUAAGAAGUGUACAUAAAAUUUUAAAAUGCUAUAUUUUCACAGUUUCAUUAUAGAAUAAUGUCUGUUUAGCAACCCAUGUCCAUUGGUACUUUAAGUAUGCUAAAUACUGUGGAAUUGCAAUAGAAAUUCAGAUUUUCGUAAGAAAAUGAAAUAGGAGGAUACUGCAUCUUUAAAAAAACAAUAGAGUGAAAAUAUUUUACUGUAUUCGUACCAUAUGUGAUAGUGGGAAAAGUAUUUUCAAACUCACAAAUUUUACAGAGGUUGUAAAUAGUUUGAUGAAGUAUGUUGGGUAAAGAGCUUCUAGUUUUCAUCACAAUAAAAAAAAUUGUUCAGAUAUGCCUUGUAUAUCUUACAUACAAUUAGUGAUAUUGCCAUGGGAACUCUGUUCCACUUUCUCACAGCACAUUCCUUGUGCUCUGACAAAAUGGAGUGGCCACUUGUCUCAAUUUAGCCAGGAUGGUUUAAAACACAGUGAAGCCAUUUUAAGCUGUGAACCGCUGAUUCCAAGCUCAAAAUGUCUUUACCUGAAAGGGGAAAACAGCUGCACAGGAGUUUACUCGUGCUAAAAAAAGGCAUCUAGCAAUUGUUCUCUUUUCUCAGUUAUCUUCUUCCUCAACGAAAUAAUUAUUGAUCAAAAACACUGUACAGGUGUUUUAGUCUUGUUUAGCUCCAGAGGGAAUACUUUUAGGAGUAGCUACAUGCUGACAAGAUUAAGUAUCAGAGAUAUGGCCACAUGGUAAAUGAAUCUAUACUGGCAAUAGGAAUAAGCUAGUGCCCAUUUUUCAGAAAUAAGUUAAAAGCUGAAAGUGCCUGUCAAUAAACAUUAUGACCAAUGAGAUAUUCCUAUACUUUUACACAGCAAUAAUUCUUCUCGAGACUGGGUUUUUCCUCCACAUUUGGGAUACACACACAGAGUAAAUAUAUGCACAUAGUAAGUAAAUUGAGCCUGUUCACACACCCACAAAAAUUCUUUGGUGUCUUUUUAAAUAUACCUAAUCUUGUUUAUGUUAGCGUUUCUUAAUUUAAUCUCUAUUACUUACAGAAUGUAAGAAUGAAAAUCUGAACAUUAGGGUUAUCUUCAACAUACACUAUAGCAUAUGGCAAUUAUAAUUUUGAGAUAAAAAUUUCACUGUGAUUGGCCCCAAAAUUAGGAGUCACUAAGUGUGCCUCAAGUUUUGCUCAGUUAACAAAAGCCAAUUUAUUUAGAGCAAAACACUAGAUAUUUGUUUUACUUUAUUUUAUCCACUAAUAUUAAGUGCACAAAUCCAUCUCUGCUUUUCUUCAUUUUCUUUUUUUCUAAUAUUUCCUGUUCUCUGAGAAUCAUUUUGGAGUGAACAUUGAUUGACACAAUCAUUUAUCCCUGAAAAGUCUACUGAAGUAUAUAGCAGACACUUAGUAAGCCUAGCUUUAAACCAAGGUUUGCAGUUAGUCCUGGAAAUUUCUAGAUUUACGUUUAGAACUUCACCACUUUUUCCUAUACUAAUUUUACUGCUAACAGUGGAGUCAUGAAUAGAAAUAUACAGUGAGAUGAUGCGAAUAGACAAAAGCCCUGGAAGUUCUCCAUCCCUGCCAUCUCAGCACAAAUCCACCCAAACAAGCUAUUGAGGGCUAUCAGUAAAAUUAUACUCUUUCAGAGCCAAACAUUCAGUAAGAGCAAUUUUAAAAGUAUAAUGAUGAUUAAACGCUCAGGCUUUAGACAGCAGAGACGACCAGGAUGGACAGUUGUUCUCCAGAACCAGACCACAGGCCUAGAAAACCAUCUGCUGUUUCCUCCUCCAAGUUUCAGAAAGAAGGAAAAGGAACUGUGCCAGGAUAAGGUGUGAACUAACCAACGAAGUGUCCUAGGAAAACUGAAGGGUUCCUCACCCUCGCUGAAGUCAAGUCUUCUGGUCGGGCUGCUUUCUGGAAGUUGUCUGAAAGUACUAAAAUCCUUGAAAGGUCAAAAAUCCAGUAAGCCAUGAAAUAAUGGCUCUUGUUUAUACAACACUUCCUGUGUGCCAAGCACUAUACUAGGUAAUUUUUAGACUCAUUACCUCUCAUCUGUACAACAGUUCUACAUCUUAUGAAUGGGAAACUGAGGCAUGGAGAGAGUGGCUGAGUUGUCCUCAAACACAGAAGUAGUGAAUGGCAGGGUGGGGAUGUGGAGUUACCGGUCUCUGGCUCCCAAGUCUGUAGUCUUUCCACCUCGCCGCACUGCACGUGUGUUCCCAGCAGCCAGCUUUCCAUAUCUCUUCAGUAGUUUUAUUAUGGAAGAGCGCAGUCGUCAUAUUUUCCAAGUAAGAUACAGGGACAUGAUUUAGCAUAGGAUUUGACAGUGAUUCAGAAUAUUUGAAAUCAGGCUUCUGGAAAGCCACACAUGAAGGAUCACUAGAAACAAUGUGCAGCAACCAGCUGUCUCCCUGAACUUGUCACUUUCCUCCUAAAUGUUUGGCCUGGAGAUCCAAAAAUCAUCAAAACUCUUCCCUACUUGGUAGCAUUGUAGCUGGAAUGGGUUUUCCUGAUUCUACGUAUGUCUUUGUACGUGUAUUAAAACCCUUUUCCACCCAUGUAGCCCUGCUAGAGUCUGCUGAAGGUACAUUUGAAAGUUUGCCUUCCAUGGAGCUAGUCAUUCAUAUCAUAGCCCACUCUUGGCACGUGUUAAUGGGGUGGCAGUCACAAACAUUCAGAUGAUGAGCAAGGAGAGAGAAUGAUCAUCCCUUUUCAGAUUUCUCACCUAACGGUACCGACUUGGAGUCUUUUAAUUAAUCUUAUAAAUAAUUUGUUUAUAGUAUUGUUAGUUUAAUUGAAUUUUAUGUGAGAAGCUGUCCAACAUCAGGGAAGUGAAAUCCCUCCUCCUUUUCUGCGCAGAACAAAGUCUCUGACAGUAUUGAUUCAUGGAAGUGUUAAUGGACUUAGAAAACAUUAAGAGAAUGUCAUUUCUCGUGAUGUUUCUUUUUCUGAAAAUGAAUCUCCUGAAUUAUGAUCUUUCUCCCUGUUACUUGGCUGAGGGAAGAGAUAAAACCUGCAUAAACAAAUUCCCUUCUGCGCUGAAAGCAAGUGGUCUGUGCACACAACCCACUGGAAAGGGGCUCUCUUCGCAGUUAAUUGGGUUUCACAAGCAAUAAUUUCUCAACGACAAAACCACAACUUUGAGUUGAAAAGAGAUGAAUAGUGGAAAUAAUCACAUCAGGACUUUUUUCUUUCUAGACUUCAUCUCUAGAAACCUUAAAUGUUAGCGACAACAGAGUCUGCUCUUUGUGCAAAGCAAGAACCAAUGAGUCUUUGUGUGAACUAUUAUAUCUUGCUUUUUUCCAAAGCAGGCUUACCAAGACUUUUACAGAGAUUCGUUUUUUUGUUGUUGAGAAAUGAGGUUGAAUAGGAGAGUAGGAUUUGGGUCAGAUUCUAGUAGAAGUGCCCAAGUAAUCAAAAAGUAAGAUAUUUUAAGGACAUAACAACAUCUUUCUGCUAAUUUCAUGCUCCAAAGAUACAGCAGAAAAUAAAGCAUUAGAGAAAAUGCUUUUGCCCUACUUGUGUUUCUAAUUUUCCCAUAGAAUUUGUAAUUAUAUCCAGACUCCAGUGUCUAUUUUGUUCCUCAGACUUGAUUACAUUGGAUGGGUAUUGUUGAACUGGGGCACUGGUGCCUAUAUUCAAGGCUCUUUCCUAUCAACUUGUCUGUCCACAGUUUGUUGUGUUUAAAACUUCAUUUUUUUAAAAAAAUCACCAUUCCCCCUCCCCCCAUGGAAUGGUGGCUGUAUUGUUUUGUUCAUGUCUGUGGGACAUACUGCAUCACAUGACAAACCAACUCUGUGGAUGUGAGAUAACUACUUACAAAACCAGCUUGAAAACAUCGUCUUCUGUAUUAUAUCAUCCUGCAUCAUAAUGCAAUUAUGUGUAUCAUCACAUACUCAUUUUUUCAAAAAAGAGAAACCAGCAAAUUCUUGUUUGUCCGUAGAAGAAUGUACUCAGAAGUUUCUGUGUUGUGAAACGAUGAGAACAGACCACCUUUAAGAUACCCACCUGCCACUUAAAAUGACUUAGUUAUAAUUAGUAGUAGUCUAGACAUUGCUCUUGGUGUGGGGGUUGGGGGGGGGGUCAAGUCAAACAUCAUAUUCUUUUGACUAAAUCUCUCAGUCAUAUUUGAAAAAAAAAGAAAACAUGGGAAUAAAAAAAAUAUCAUCUGUGGCCAAUUUAAGCAGGCAUCUUUUUACUUUUCCUUAACACUUAGCUCAUUAUACAUGGUGAUUGGAUUACAUGAUCUAUCUGUAAAAAUACAGAAACAUCCUUUAGUUUACAAAACAGUUAUUCUAGGCUUGAAGCCCCUGAACAGCAAAUUCAAUAGAUGCUGCGUCUGAUUCACUUGAUGGAUAUAAUUCUACGAAAGACUCUUGGGUUCCUGACCCCAGAGAGUCAGAGCGCCCAGAGGAGGUCCUACACAUUACAGGAUAAAACCCCCCAAUGAUGCUGGCAAGCAAAUGGGUUAAUUUCUUAAAUCUUUAUUUGAUUUUCUGUUCAGAGUUUUAAUUACAAAUGAAUUUAUUUCUCCAGCUUAUCUAAAGACCUAAUUUCCCAAUAGUUUCCUCUGCAUUUAUAUACUCUGUAGUGUUUAGGCAAGCCCUGUUAUAAGUUAAUAUUAUGUAAGUGUUGUUCUUGUAUUUAUGUAUAGUGUAUGUAUUGUAAAUAUACUCAGAGCUUUUUUUCUUUUACUGUAAAAUGGUGAUUUUUUUUGCCCUCUGAUAAUGUAAAGGGAGACCCUCCUAAUGAGAUUCUCUCAGAGGAUGAUUAUUCCAGUCUAUUCUCAGAGAUUUAAAUGAACAAGUGUUAUCGUUUUUAAUGGUGUCUCAGACAUAUUCUGUUGGUGCAUUGCUUUUCUGUAUUCAACUUUCCUAUGAAUUGAGCUGUGAACUGAAAUAGAGUUUAAACCUUUAAAUGUAUGCAUUUGUAUAAUUAUCUGAAUGAAGGCAUGAAGGUUAAAUAAAGCAUUUUGUAUGGAACAAAACUCCCUAAUUAUUACUAACACUGACUCAGACACUUUGGAAAUCAUAGUGAUUAACCAUUCUAAUUAAACAUUUGUUAUGAAAAGUU